UCUGCUCCUAUUUUUUUUCCCCUUCCCUCCGCGCCUUUCCGUUUCCCUCCAUUCUUCUCUCUCUCUCUCUCUCGAUUUCCCUCUCUUCUUUGCUCUCUUUCUCUAAGCUUCCGAGGUUUUUUUUUUCUCCUUUUUCUUGUGAAAUCCAGAAGAGAUCAAAGAUCUCACGGAGGUUGGUGAGGGGGAGUGGGGUUUUGUUCUCUCCCGGCGGUGUUUUCUCUUAUCUCUCAUGUUUUUCGAAGAUCUCUACGUUUUUCUCUGUCAAAUAAGCUGGGAUCGAAGAUCUCGCGACGAGAGUGAGUUCGAGUGAGGUUUUGUUUUUUCCGCCGCAACCCCUGCAUCGGAUCUGGGAGAAAGGAGCCAUUUUGGAGCCUAUCUUUCUUUCCAUCUCUCGAUUUCUAUAAUCCAAAGGUGCCUCUUUUUUCAGAUCUUCGAGAAAGAGCGAUUUGGAGCGAGUGAUGGAUCUAUCGGGCGAAAAGGAAACCGGAUCUAUAGAUCUGAGCGGCGGCAGAGAGGGUUCAGGGGAGCCAAAGAGCUGCGCGGAUUGCCGGACAACCAAGACGCCUCUUUGGCGAGGCGGCCCCUCGGGCCCUAAGUCGCUCUGCAACGCGUGUGGGAUUCGGUACCGGAAGAAGAGGAGGGCAGUGCUGGGGCACAAGGAAGGGGAAAGGAGAGAAAGGAAGCAGAAGAGAGAGGACGAUAGUAGCAGCAGCACCACCACCACCACCACCAAAGAGUUGGGUGGGGUCUCGGUGAAGCUCAGGAUGUUGGGGUUGGGAAGCGAGGUGUUGGUGAAGAGAAGAUCUAUGCUUGACAGGAAGAGGAGAAGGAUGGGAGAAGUGGAGCAGGCUGCUGUGCUUUUGAUGGCUCUCUCCUCUGGAUUCCUCCAUGCUUAGCUUUACUCUCUUAUAUUAACCUUUGUUAGUGUAGAGAAGAAGAAAAGAAAAGUUUUGGAUGGUGUUCUUUUUGUGUUUCUUUUCUUUGGUUUAAGAAGUGGGUUGGUGAUCAAUCAAGUGUAAUCCCAUCCCUGUUCUAAUGUAUAAUGUUACCAUAAAUGGAGAAUUUUGUUGGCUUUUCUA